GGGUAAGGUGUAGAAUUGAGACCUAAACCUACUAAACUUGCAAGAAAAGUGAAAGAAAAAAACAAACAAAAGAAUUAGCAAGAACAAAUGUCUGAUGAAAGCUGUGGGAUCAUUCAGACGAACACAUAAAGAAACAGUAAAUCACCCACUUUUUUUUUCAUUAAUGUGAAGUCAUGGCAUUGUGUGCUAAAAGGAUUUCAUGUGGAGAGAGAGGCAGAGGAAGACUUAGUCCCACCACUUCACCCCUCCUCUGCCAGCACACAUCUGCUGCUGAGGAGAUGGGACACUGAUCCAAAGAGGAGCGUUUUUAAUGCUUUGGAGAUCACUCUGCAUAGCAUGGCUGACAUCAUCAGUGUGUUGUGAGAGGGAAAGUGGACGAAAAUCUCCAGCUGGAGAGUAUUUAUGUUUACCUUCUCUUUGGUUGAGCUGCUGCUUUCUCUUAAACUUGGGGUGAUGUCCCAGUGCUGGUGCAGGCAGGUCCUGCUCGGGGUAGAACUGGGCAUGCUGGUGGCGGUCCUGGUGGCCGGCAGCGCAGGACAGAUCCACGACAGGAGGGAGGCAGGGUCGUCCUGCUACGGAGGAUUUGACCUGUACUUUGUUUUGGACAAACACAGGUGCAAACAUCAUUCAAGAUGAUCUCCAGAGGCAUUGAUGGGCUACUACUUGCAUGGAAAAUAUGUGCUACUCUACUACAACCAGAAGGUCUGGCAGUGUGCAAUAUUACUGGAACGAGAUAUAUUACUUUGUUGACCACCUGGCUCACAAGUUUAUCAGUCCUCAGCUGCGGAUGUCUUUUAUUGUAUUUUCAACAGAAGGACGGACUCUCAUGGCACUAACAGAAGACAGAGAGCAGAUUCGGGCCGGACUGGAGGAGCUAAGGAUGGUGCAGCCAGGUGGAGACACCUUCAUGCACAGAGGUUUUCAAAGAGCCAGUGAGCAAAUAUACUAUGGGACUGGAGAUGGUUACCGGACAGCCAGUGUUAUCAUUGCCCUGACGGACGGUGAACUGAGAGAAAAUCAGUUUGACCUGGCACAAAGAGAGGCCAGCAGAGCGCGCCAGUUGGGCGCCACUGUGUACUGUGUGGGAGUAAAAGACUUCAAUGAAACCCAGCUUUCAACAAUAGCUGACAGUAAGGACCAUGUCUUCCCUGUGAAUGAUGGAUUUCAGGCGCUACAAGGGGUCAUUGACUCGAUCCUGAAGAGAUCCUGCAUUGAGAUCCUGGCUGUAGAGCCCUCCAGCAUCUGUGAAGGAGAAUCCUUCCAGGUGGUAGUCAAAGGAAAUGGUUUCCUUCACGCCCGAGACGUACAGAAAGUUCUCUGCAGCUUUCGUAUCAAUGACACAGUUACUUUGAUGAAAAGGCCUUUGGUGGUGAAAGAUACCUACCUUUUGUGCCCAGCUCCUGUUCUGGAAAAAGAGGGAACGUCUGCCACUCUCCACGUCAGCAUGAAUAAUGGCCUGAGCUUCAUAUCAAGCUCCGUAACAAUUACCGCAGUCACUUGUUCUGAUGGGACCUUUGUGGCCAUAGCUCUGCUCAUCCUGCUGCUCCUGCUCACCAUCACUCUGCUGUGGUGGUUCUGGCCUCUCUGCUGCACCGUGGUCAUUCAUGAGCCACCUCCUCCAGUAAUAGAGGACAUCUCUGAUGAUGAGGAUGGUUUUCCCAAGAAGAGGUGGCCCACAGUGGAUGCCUCAUACUAUGGAGGGCGUGGAGUCGGAGGCAUCAAGAGAAUGGAGGUCCGAUGGGGAGAUAAAGGCUCAACUGAAGAAGGAGCCAAACUGGAAAAAGCUAAAAAUGCUCGUGUUGUGAUGCCAGCGGAAGAGUUUGAUCCACCACGUCCUUACUAUACCAUGCACAAAUCUAUCCGCCCCCAGAAGUGGUACUCUCCCAUCAAGGGCAAACUGGAUGCUUUGUGUGUAUUCCUGAGAAAAGGCUAUGACAGAGUGUCUGUGAUGCGACCUCAUCCUGGAGACAAGGGCAGGUGCAUAACUUUCACCCGAAGCACACCCUACCCUUCUCCUCGCUAUCCCAUCUACAACCAUCCCUCCACGCCUGUCUACACUUUGCCCCACAGCUACCAGCGUCGUCCGUCAGACGACAGCCACCUCUUCCAUUUGCCCCCUUCGCCAACUUCAACGCUCCCCCCUCUUCCGUCCACUCCUCCCCCAUCCACUCCUCCCCCGUCCUCCACCACUCCACCCAUGUACACACCACCUCCAAACAGAGCCCUGCCCCCAGCCAACAUGAGCCCAGUCUCUGCACCCCCAUCUCCAACUGGCUCCCUACCGCCUCCACCUCUGGGUCCACCCCCAUGUAGAGCACCUCCUCCGUCACGCCCUCCUCCACGCCCCAGUCAUGAGAACCACUGAAAAUGGUUAUAGACCAAAAAGUUGAGGAGGAGGAUCCAAGCUCAGGAUGGAAACCUCAAAAGACCUUCUCACUGUGCCUGAGUGUAAUUAAGUCCAAACAGAACUACAAUGACUAUAUAAUGCUGGUGAUUCAACACCUGCACAGUGAAAACUUUCAAUUAAGUCUGUUUUCCUCAACAAGUGGCUCACGCAUGAUGUGCCAUGAACUAUGACUUUUUAUUUUAAGUCUAGAAAGUGAAUAUUUAGUGUAGCAAGCGCAGCUUUGCCUAUUAAACGCUAUUGGAGCUAAGCAAUUUAUUCAUUUUUUGGAAUGUCUGUAUGGUAAAUACAGAGCUAAAGCUGAGUAAGUGACUGCACCCAGACAAGAAAUAGUUCCAGUGUGUCACAUCCCGUUAAACUACAACUUGUCAUUUUUACAUGCUUGUUUGUGUAUGGAUUUAACAAACGAGGUAUAAUGUGUUACUUAGUGAGUUUGGAAGGGGGUUUGUAGGGAGAUCUUUAAAAACUUUUUCAGUGUAGAGACAGGAGAGUGUAUUUUCCAAAAUGUCAAACUAUUCCUUGAACAUUUAUACAUUAAUGAAAUGCACAUCUCACAUUCCCUGCAGAGACAAGCCCAAUGAAUGCUAUUAAUAAGAUACCUUUAAAAAAAAAUCUAUAAUGAAAUACAAGUUACACCUUAAUUAUGAUCUCAAGCAUUUCUGUCGAAAAUUAUCAACAUGGAAAUAAAUCCUAAAGUUAAAAACCAGAGACUUUAAUCUGUAAAACUGUCUGCAAGAAGCUCUUAAAACACAAGAGUUACAUCUUUGGCAGUGUGUGAGGAUGACUGCCAGGAGCUAUUGAAGUUAUGUAACACUGACAAAUGUGACCUCUGGAAGAUCACCCUGGGACUGAUUUAGUAGCCAGAAUGGCAGACUGCAGUUUUUGAGUCUUGUGAUUAGAUGUUUUCAUACCAAUAUGAUGUGCAAUAGAUAAGUUAAAAAGUUGUUUUUCCCUUUUUUGCUCCACUCAUCAUGACUCCUCAUCGUCAGAGGCUUUAUCAGAUCUAUGAUGGAUGUACUGACUAUAACACAACUGAUGUUUUUUAAUACUGAGCUCAGUCACAGGUGCUCAGCUUGAUGCUGGUUAGUGAUGCCAGAUUAGGACUUUAAAGGCGCUACACAUCUGUGGUUCACCUCCACAGGUGUUCUUCUGCCUUCAAUGUGCGUACAGCUAUGCAGCUAACACACUUCCAAUAAAAGUUGAAGACAGCA